UGUGAACUCCUCGUGGUUCUUCACCCCGUUGAAACACUUUGACCAGUAAAGAUGAGCGGAAGAGGCAAAGGAGGAAAAGGACUCGGUAAAGGAGGCGCUAAGCGUCACCGCAAAGUCCUCCGUGAUAACAUCCAGGGAAUCACCAAGCCCGCUAUCCGCCGUCUGGCUCGCCGCGGUGGAGUGAAGCGUAUCUCCGGUCUGAUCUACGAGGAGACCCGCGGAGUGCUGAAGGUCUUCCUGGAGAACGUGAUCCGUGAUGCCGUCACCUACACCGAGCACGCCAAGAGGAAGACGGUGACCGCCAUGGAUGUGGUGUAUGCUCUGAAGAGACAGGGACGCACUCUCUACGGAUUCGGGGUCCAUGUCAGAAACAAUAAAGAAGUCAUGGCGAGAACCAAGCAGACGGCUCGUAAAUCCACCGGAGGCAAAGCCCCCAGGAAGCAGCUGGCCACCAAGGCUGCCCGGAAGAGCGCCCCGGCCACCGGCGGCGUGAAGAAGCCUCACCGUUACCGGCCCGGUACCGUGGCCCUGAGGGAGAUCCGUCGCUACCAGAAGUCCACGGAGCUGCUGAUCCGCAAGCUGCCCUUCCAGCGUCUCGUGAGAGAAAUCGCUCAGGACUUCAAGACCGACCUGCGCUUCCAGAGCUCCGCUGUUAUGGCUCUGCAGGAGUCCAGCGAGGCUUACCUGGUCGGCCUCUUCGAGGACACCAACCUGUGCGCCAUCCACGCCAAGAGGGUCACCAUCAUGCCCAAAGACAUCCAGCUGGCCCGUCGCAUUCGCGGAGAGCGAGCUUAGACUGUCUGCUGUCCACGACCCACAACGGCUCUUUUAAGAGCCACCUCACUCUCUCUGAAGAGCCCCUUCCUCAACACGGGUCAAUGUUGUCUUUGAAUACAGGUUUCAAUGCAUAUACGGGAGCGUUCACGUGUCAAUAGAUUAAACAGACGUGACCAUACUUUUGUAUGGAAUGUAAAACAAUUAAAUUCUACACUGCAAACUGUCAACGCAAUGGGCAAAUGAGGAAACAUUCCUGCCAUGUUCAUUAAAUUCAGCAAACCAUG